CCCAGAGGUUUCACUUCGAGUUUGUGACGGGGUGGUUCCACCGCCUUAGCAAACGCAAGUUUUGGUUUUGACCGUUUAUCUCUGAGAUUAGGCGCCUCCAAAGCUCUUACCAUCUUCUUUCAUCAAACAAGUCACCAGCUUUCUCCCUUCCUCUCUAGCUCUCUGUUCCUCUGAAGCUAUGCCACAAGAUCUUCCUGGGUUUUAUUAUGAUGCGGAGAAGAACCGCUACUUCCCUAUUAAAGGCCCAAUACCCGGCUCUUCUCGUGCUUCUUCUUCUUCUUCUUCUUCGGCUGCUGCUCAAAAACCAACUCCAAAGUCCACACGGGUCUUAGGUAGGAGAACUGGACUGAGAGCUUCUAAGCUGCUUCACCUUAGGGAGUUAUUUGGUAACAUUAUUCCGUUCAGUAAAGGAAAGUGUAGCUUCAAGGAGGAAUUCCAGAAGAUACAGAUAUCACAACCUGUGGUGUGGAAGUAUAGUGAAACGGAUAAGAUUGUUGAUGGUGCUUUGGAACAAAUACACAUUGAUGUACAGACACCCGAGGGUCAAACUGAAACUGAUGUUCUAUUAACAGGCGGUGCAAAUGGCUCUUUGAGUUUUGUUGAAGUUGGAAAAGUUAGACAACAUUUUGAUUACGGGGUAAAAUGCAUGCCAGAUCGUGUGUGGCCUUUAAUUAAAGAAAACGAUGCAGAGUUUGUGAGAAUUCCUGGGCAUAUUCAGAGACUUGCUGGAGCUUCAUUACAAAUGUCAUCAAAUAUAUCUUGUAUAAAAUUGUUCAGAAAGCACUCUUCCACAAUGGAUGAUAGUUCAAACAUCCAGGAAGCGCUGAUAAGUACUCUGGGAUCAGAGACAUCAGGUGGAUCACUCUAUAUUGUUAAACUCAUUGAACCACUAGAGCUUGAUUCAAAUAUCCGUACUAUAAGUCAAAGAAUACAUAAGGUUGCUUCUUUCGAUUGUACAGUCUGGACUGCAGAUUGCAAUUUUAAUGGGAGUCAAGCAGUAACUGGUACUAAUCUUGGAGCUGCUUUAGUGGAUUUGGAAACUGGAGUACGAUCAUGGGUGUGUCGUAGUAAAAGUGAUGUCUUUGCGCUACAAUUUAUUCAAUCGGGAAAUGCUAUUUUAUGUGGACUCAGGAAUGGGGUAAUUGUGACCGUGGACGUUCGUGAGAAACAGGUGGGGAGUUCUGCCAGACUUAUUAGACACAGAAUAACUCAUGCACCUUUGGAUAAAACUGUUGGAAAUUCUACUAGGAAAUUGUUUGAGCUCUCUGGAAACAUAUAUCCUUCAUGUAAUGUAAAAAUGCCUUCAUCUAUUUCUAGUUUGGUAUCACUUCAGUUUGAUGACCACUACUUCUUGGCAAGCUCCAUGGAUGGAUCGGUAAAACUAUAUGAUCAUCGUCUAAUCCAGAGAGGGGCCGUUCAAUCUUAUGAAGGGCUUGUUAACUCUCAUACCCGUAUACAGCUUGCAGUUGACCCAUCCGAGAAAUUUGUGAUGUCAGGUGGAGAGGACUGCAAAUUACGGCUCUGGAGUAUCAAGUCUGGUGAAUUGCUCUUUGAGGAAAAAUUCUCUAAUUCGGUCCCUUCAACCAUGUGCUGGCAUAGUGCUGAAAGAUUGAUGGGAGUGCGAGAUGAAAGACAAAGCUAUCCAGAGUAUCUAUAUCAGCAGAGAUAUGGUUUGGAGGCAUGGCUGGGAUCCCAUGAAGGACUGUUUUACAUGCAUUGGUCAUAAGUUUAUAGUGAAGCAGUGAUAUCUGUCUCAAGUGUAUAGUUGGUGGUGAGAUUCUGGCUCUGAAAAGCAGUUCCCCUCAAACGUGCAAAGCAUUAGAUUUUCUCUGAUAUGGAUGAGCACAACAUGACAACACUAACAGCGCAGAGGGCCUUUGCGAACUAAAUCAACAGGCGAUGCCAUCUUUUCGUCCUAAGAGAUAGCUAUCGAUGUAAGCAGGGUGAAAGAGUAAUGUGCUUGGCCCGUUUCAGCUGAGUUUUCCUUGUAAGGGCUGCAGAAUAUUAGUUUUGAAUUUUUCCCUUGCAGUUUUGAUGUAUAGAGUAGUAGUUGAGCAUAACAUGUACCUUCCAAGUAGAAGUCUAUGGGAUUUGAGAUAGUUUUUAUUGGCUUGAAGGAAUGUGAGAUGCAAUUUUGAGAUU